AUGUCCAAAGAGGUCCAAUACGAGCGUUCAGUACGUAGUCCGCACAAGUCCGACAAAGAAUUAGCCGCUGAGACAGAAGACCGGUCCGAAGAACUUUCUUGGGAGAAUCGGAUUAAGAAAGCUAAAAUGUGCGAUAAUAGCGAUGAAUGGUGGCCGGGACAGGAGAUGCAUCCAUGCCAUGAACUAGCCGGUUUAAGAGAAGAGUUACUGCAGGGCAACGAACAAGCCUUUCUUUUUACAGCUGAGUAUCUUUGGUUAGAAAUUGCCCAAGAAAAAUCACAAGUCAGACCGGCCUUACGCUGGUUUAUUGAACAGAACAGGACAAUCAGACUAUCACAUCCAACUGCUCUAAUGGCCGUUGUCUUCUUCUUUCGGGAAGAGAGUGUUUUACAGGAAUGGAGUAUCAAAAACAUUUGUGAACUGCCAGAAGACUUUCCGAGUCUAAAGCCAGAUAGAGGCUUCUUUUAUAAGACGCAUUGCCAGAUAAGGCGAGGGUAUUUAUCGAUUAAGGAGAGUAGUUUUUUAAAAGGGAUGCUUAUCUAUGUAUGUUUAGGGGGACAAAUAGAUCCAAUGCAUAUGAAUUUAUUGAUGGGAAUUAUCAAAAACCAAGAUAUCUUAGAUUUGAACCUGAAAUUUUUUGUUUUUAAGAUAGUGAUGGGUUCUAUUUUUGAUUUAUAUGGUGAGAUAAGACCAGAAAUGAGAUAUAAUACUAGGUGUAAUUUAAUGGUUCAGGAAAUAAUUGAGGAGUUGUUUAGACAAAAGAUAGAGGACUUAUUGGGUACGGGUCGGCCGCAGUUACUGAGUAUUAAGAUCUUGCCUCUGUUCCCGGCCUGGGAGAUGCUUAAACUAGUGCUGCACUGUUCAGUAGCUAAAGGACAUAAGUUAGCUAUUAUUGAUCGGGCACGGAGUACUAGAAGUGCGCAUAUGGUUAGUGAUGCUGCAGCUGAGUUAGCUUGGUUGUACCAGCAGAAGGAAGUAUCUUUAGAGGAGAUUGCUAUGUACAGUACAUUGUUUGAGUAUGCUCUAGCCCAUGGUCCGGCCUUGUUUGUAGCUGAUUUAGCCGAACGAACAGUUGAUUGGGUAUUAGAAAGGCCAGAAUUACUAUCUAGAGAUGUAUGGUUGGUUUUAGAUAAGAUAGUUCCGAUUUGGAAGGCAAGAAUUAAGUUGAUUCCUGAUAUUGCUCUAGCUAAAUUCUUAUCUCUAGCCUUUUUAAAGAGUCCAGAAUGUAAUGUAAGUAAAGUAAGUGGAGUGAGUAGUGAUAGUCGAAGUGGAGUACUUAAACCGUACUUGGCAGCCAUUAUGACUACUGUACUUAAAGUCCUACCCAAUCUUAAGUUAGAGAGUUUAACUAGUGAUGAACAAGUGAUGGCCUUAUCUUUACUACCGGCUAAGAAGAGUUUGGAUUUAAACGUACCAUUAACUGCCUUGAUUCUACCCAUGCAAAGGAUAAGGACUUUUUAUGCCCAGACUAAACAAGUACCUAUUGGGUUAGAGAAGUUUUGUAGUCUGAUUGAGAAGUAUAUUGAGCGGCGGAUCUUUCCUGAUACAAUUGAGAUUUUAAAAGAGAUUGUGCACUUGCCGAUUGUUGAUCCGGUUUUAUCACAAAUUAAUUAUAUUAUCAUUCAAAUUGGGAGUAAAAUACCUGAUGACGUCAUUAACAAGCAAGAUUUAGCUUGGGUACAUGCUUUAGAUUUAUCUUGGAUUCAUUAUUUAGAUAUGCGUUUAGCUACUAAAUCUAAUCUUAAACAAACCAUUAUCAAAAAUAUUGUUGAUACUUAUCUUCAUCAGUAUAAAGUUACCAAACAAAUAGAUAGUAAUAUAGUUAGUCGUUUAAAACAAAUUGCGGCUGAGAAUAAUCUAGAAAAUCCGACUACAGCUGCUUCUUUGCAUAGAGCUAUCUCUCGGGUUGCUAUCAUUCAUGAUAAGCAUAAAGAAGUCCCCGAGACUCCCGUUCUGCCUAGUCCGACUCAAACUGUCCUGGCUAAUCCUAAGGUAGUUAGUAUUAUGGAUGAGUCGGUGGUUUAUAAACGUGAAGAGAUCUAUACGAACGUGAAAAUGCUUCAGGCGAUGGUUUAUGGUGAGUACAAGGAGAGUGGCCGACCCCAUCAGUCUUCUUUCUUAUCUUUUGAGGAGUACUACCAUCUAUUUUCGCCACUGAUUAUCAAAGAAGCUUUAGCGGCCUGUGAAGAGUCUACUCCAGAUAAAACUCCUGUUUCUAUUGAUGGAGUUAUCAUUGCUAUCUCUUCGGAUGUUUCAGUAAGCAAAAUAACUGUUAUUGCUAAAGAUUGCACUUUGUUAUCAGAAAAAGAUGUAGUUGUUAUUUACAACCGGAAUACUAAAGAGUCUUUAGGCCGGGGUAUGGUUGAUAAAGAUAGAUUUGGUCCUCCUAAUGAGUUUUCAGUAACAAUUAAGCCUAUUUGUAUCAAUAGUAAUACACCGGUUAAACUAACAGUUGUUUCUAAUAUUGUGCCUGCUAUUCGUGAGUACGAUGCCCUGAUUAGAUUGCAAAAUCUAGCUCUUAAACCGCGUAUUCUUGAGCCUAAACAACCUAUCUAUCUCCCAGCCUUAGAAAUCUCUCCUGAUAUUCCAGCUGAUUACCGGGCUCUAGUUGAUAAACACUACAAUGGACUUAAUCCCAGCCAAAAAAGAGCCGUUAAAAAAUCACUCUGUCAUGAUAUCACGUUAAUUCAAGGUCCACCAGGUACAGGUAAGACCAAAACUAUCUCUUCAAUCAUUUCCCAAUCUCUACUGCGUAAAUGGCGGGUCCUAGUUUGUGCCCCAAGUAAUGCAGCCGUAGAUAUGUUAAUUGCCACGGCUAUGAAAUGGACUAGCACGACUUACGCAGUCAAAUGGUGCCGGACUGGAUGUCGGGGUGAAGAUAAUCCGACUGCUUUUUCUUCGGCUAAUCUUAUCUUCUCAACUCUUUCUAUGGUCGGAUCUUCACUGUUUAAGCACUUAAUCUUUGAUAUUCUGAUUGUAGAUGAAGCUUGCCAGGCCACUGAGCCCAGUACUUUAAUUCCUUUACGUACUAAGCCCAGUCGGAUUGUUCUAGUUGGUGAUCCUAAACAACUACCUCCUACUGUUAUCUCUGGCAAUUCAGACUUGGCUAAAACUCUCUUUGAAAGACUUUCCAGUACAAUCCAGCCCUGUUUACUUGAUACGCAGUACCGAAUGCACUUGCUUAUCUCUAAAUUCUCCAGCCAACAAUUCUACAACAAUAUGAUUAAGAAUGGAGUUACUCGUGACUCUUUUCUUCCUAUUGUGCUUAUCAAUACUAAUGGCACAGAAGAAACACAAAAUACAACCGAUAUAAUCAAUAAGACAGAAGCCCGAUUAGUGCAAAAACUAGCAAGUAUACUUUCUGGUCUUUACAAGUCAAUAGGUGCUAUUACUCCUUAUAAGGGUCAGUCUUUAUUGAUUACUUCACUACUUAAAAACAAGUCGUUAACACAUAUAGAUGUAUCUACUGUAGAUGGGUUCCAGGGUCAGGAAAAAGACUGUAUCAUUCUUUCCACUGUUCGUACUAAACGGAUUGGCUUCCUUAAUGACACGCGGCGUAUGAAUGUAGCUAUUACUCGGGCUAAAUUCUCGCUGUUUAUUGUCGGUAAUGUAAACCUCUUAAAAACUGAGCCAACUUGGGCCAAUCUAGUGCAGUACUGCCAGCAAAACAAUGCCAUUAUAACCCAAGAAGCCGUCUUUAAGAUUCUGGCCCAAUAUACUAGCAAAUAA